AUGUCUGCAGAGUGCGCCUCGCAGAGUGCGAGGAGCGCCGCACUCGCUCUGCUGACCGACUCGAUGGUCACUCCGGAGCAGCGCGCGCACUUCGCCGCAAUGCGCGCCGGAGCCGCCCGGCCGACGGAGCAAGGGGCGGAGCUGCUUCAGCCUGGCCUUCCCCAGCCCGGCUUCUCUCAGCAAGAGGACAUCCAGUCCUGGAAGAACGCAGCGCACGCUGUCAACUCGGUGCUGAGCUGUGCGCGGAUGCAGUACUCCCUCGCGGUGAACAAGUACGCCGCAGCAGCUGCCGCCGCCGCUUCGCCGCCGCACUCUUGGCUCCCCGUCUCCUCGCUGCCGCCCUCCUCCUCCGGCCCCUCCUCGGCCGGCCCCUCCUCCUCCUCCUCCGGCGGCGAGGAGGCGCGGCCUCCCGGCGGGGCCGUCAAGGCGGAGCUACCCGACGCCGACGCCGAGUGGGGAUACGACGACUACGGCCAGGUCGAGCAGCUCUUCGCGACGAGCGGCGAGCACUUCUUUUAGCCGCGGCUCGCCCUGCCCCCUCUCCCCCUCCCGCAUCUGCCGCACCCCGCCCCCGCCACCGGCGCCGGGCGGGUGUGCGGGCCGCAUACCAUGCUCCGCCCGCCUCCCCGCUGCUGCACGGUCCCCGGGCGCGUCGAGCGCCCCGCACUCGUGCUCUCGCGCCCGCCCGGCCGCUGUUUUCGGUUUCUCUCCCGCUCUGUCCUUGCUUGCCAUCUUCCUCUUGUCGUGUCGUCAUUUUUAGCUGCCUCGCGUCUUGGCCCAUGAGGCCGACAUAGAGUGCGCGAGUGUGCGUAGAGGGUUUGGUCUUUGGAGGCUGAGCCUGAGUCGAGAUUCCGGCCCUGGAGUCGCAAUAUCCAAUAAACCCACCC